AUGGCCAUCAAUGAAGCCACUGGCAUUGCGAGACAGUUGGCCGAUGGAAGUCUGAAUGACCUAAAUCGAGCCGUGUAUUUGAACAACCUGGCUGCCUCUCUGUCCAGCCACUGCCAGGUUACAGGAGACCCGGCCGAACUUGUCGAAGCCAUCGAAAUUGGACUGCAGGUCGCUGAAAUGACACCGGAUGGCAGCAAGAACCGAGCAAUAUGCUUAGACGGCCUCGGAAGGUCACACUAUCAAAAAUAUUGCAUGACAGAAAUGGUAUCGGAUCUCGACGAGGCCAUCAGAUGUGGCUGGGAAGCCGUCAAUACUAUGCCACUUGGAGAUUCUAGGCGAGCAAUUGCUCGGUCCAAUCUGUCAUAUGGACUGCUGCAACGGUAUUGCGCCACAGCUUGUGUGGCAGAUUUAGACGAAUCCAUCCGCCUUGGGCGGCAGGCUGUCGAUGAAGCGGGAAGCGGACAUCGGAACCGGGAGAUUGUUGUCCGAGACAGGCUUGCAAGCGCGCUGUACGAACGAUACACGAGAAUGGCAAACUUGGAAAACCUUGAGGAGGCCAUACGACUAGAACGAGAAGCCGUGGACUUGACACACCAAGAAUAUCAUCAGCAUCACCCACGGCAUUUAAGCAAUCUCGCAUUGGCACUGAGCAACCGAGUCAACACGACAAAGUCAAUGGCUGGCGCCGACGAAGCGCUCCAACUUGGACGGGAGGCUGUCAACAUGACCCCAAGCAAUCACCCAGAUCUGCCGUGGCAUCUAUGCUGUCUUUCGCUAGUGCUCAGUAUUCGCUUUCAUGAGACAAGGCAGCCAGGCGACCUUGCGGAAGCUAUCCACCUGGGCCGCCGAGCUGUAGAUUUGUCACCGAAAAAUCAC